AUCUCUCAUUCCCUUUUCAUUGUUCUUUUUCAUCUGUUUCCAUUCUAAACCUAGCCGCCUCUGUUCGUUGCCGGGCGUCUGUAUCUUUCAUUUACCAUUCCUGAACCGUACCGAACGGAGUCCAAUCUCAGUUCGGAUCGGUUUGGGCACCGGAGUUUUUGCAUCUUCAACCUUUUUCUCAAAUCACUGCGGACGAGAAGGAGAAGAAGAUGAAGAACAAAGCUCUCGUGGAAGCCCUAGGUACUGAGGAAGCUGUUGAGCAGAGGAGUGACGAUUUGGUUUUUUCGGAUAAGAAGAAAAAGAAGAGUAAGGGUGAUAAAGAAAGUAAGAAGCGAAAAGCUGUAGAAGUGGCUGACGACGAGGAUAGGAGUGAGACGAGCUCGGAGUUGGGUGAACCUGUGAAUUCUAGGUUGAAAAGCGGAAAGGAAAAGAAGAGCUCGAAGAAGACGAAGGUGGUUGAGUCUGACGAAGAUGACGCGGAGAAGGAGGUUGAAGAUCCGAAUGCCGUUUCUAGGUUUCGGAUUUCGGAGCCGCUUAAGGCCAGGCUGAAGGAGAAGGGUAUUAUCGCGUUGUUUCCGAUUCAGGCUAUGACGUUUGACACCGUAUAUGACGGGUUUGAUUUGGUUGGACGAGCCAGAACGGGACAGGGUAAAACAUUAGCUUUUGUCUUGCCCAUCUUGGAGUGUUUAAUAAAUGGACCUUCUAAAUCAUCACGAGGGACUGGAUUCGGAAGGUCUCCUAGUGUUAUAGUACUUUUACCUACUAGGGAAUUAGCUGAUCAGGUGUUCGAGGACUUCAAAUUUUAUGGUCAAGCCUUAGGCCUGGAGUCUUGCUGUUUAUGUGGAGGAAUGCUUUAUGGGCCCCAAGAAACUAAAUUACGAAGGGGGGUUGACAUAGUUAUUGGAACACCGGGCCGUGUUAAGGAUCACAUUAACAGAAACAAUAUUGAUUUGCGGUCUCUAAAGUUUAGGGUUCUCGAUGAAGCUGAUGAAAUGUUGAGAAUGGGUUUUGUUGAUGAUGUUGAAUUUAUUCUUGGCAAAGUGGAGGAUGUAAACAAAGUUCAAACACUUCUUUUCAGUGCCACGUUACCAGACUGGGUGAAAACUAUUGCUUCUAGGUUCCUUAAAGCAAACAAGAAAACUGCUGAUCUUGUUGGUAACGAGAAAAUGAAGGCCAGUAAGGAUGUUAGGCAUAUUGUUAUUCCUUGCUCUGAUUCAGAACGGUCUCGGCUCAUUCCUGAUAUCAUUCAAUGCUACAGCAGUGGAGGCCGAACUAUUAUAUUUACGGAGACAAAGGAAUCUGCAUCAGAGCUUGCUGGUCUUCUCCCAGGAGCACGAGCAUUGCAUGGAGAUAUACAGCAGUCUCAACGUUCGGUUACCCUUUCUGGAUUCAGGUCAGGCAAGUUUCUGGUAUUAGUGGCCACCAAUGUGGCAGCACGUGGAUUGGAUAUCAAUGAUGUUCAGUUAAUUAUCCAGUGUGAGGCUCCCAAGGACAUAGAGGCUUAUAUCCAUCGGUCUGGAAGAACAGGAAGAGCUGGCAACACUGGAGUUGCUGUGACAUUGUAUGAUCCAAGAAAGUCGGGAAGAAUUUCCAGGAUAGAACGAGAUUCUGGUGUGAAGUUUGAGCAUUUGUCUGCUCCCCAGCCUAUUGAUAUAGCCAGAUGUGCUGGAGCUGGUGCUGUAGAAUCAAUAACUCAAGUCUCUGACAGUGUAAUCCCACCCUUCAAGUCUGCUGCGGAGGAGUUGGUGAACAACUCUAGUUUGUCUGCUGUGGAGUUACUUGCCAAGGCUCUUGCCAAGCUCUCUGGUUAUACAGAGAUAAAGAGCAGAUCACUUCUGACAUCGAUGGAAAAUCACGUCACCUUAAUUCUCGAGGCUGGAAAGCCUAUCUUUUCCCCAUCAUUUGCCUACAGUGUCUUGAGGAGAUUCUUGCCCGAGGAGAAGGUUGAGUCAGUUAAGGGUAUGACACUGACGGCUGAUGGAUACAGUGCUGUGUUCGAUGUUCAAACAGAAGAUCUGGAUGCAUUUCUUACUGGUCAGGGAAAUGCAGCCAAUGUGAGUUUAGAGGUGUUGAAAACACUGCCAAAACUGCAAGACAGAGAGCAGUCAAGAGGAGGUGGUAGAUUUGGUGGCGGUGGUGGUGGUCGUGGAGGAUUCGGCAGUGAUCGCAGAAACGGUGGUGGUAGGUUCUCAGGAGGACGAGGUGGUGGUGGUGGCCGUGGAGGAUUCUCUGAUAGGAGAAAUAAUCGGUUUUCGGGCAGCAAUUCGGGUGGUGGAGGAAGAGGUCGAAGCUUUGGCGGAGGUAGCAAUUGGUAAGGGUAUCUGUGUCCUCCAAAUAAACCACGAAAGCAGCCCGAAUUGGAAAUUUUGUAGAAAGGAAGAGUUUAUGUUUUACAAGAUGAUGAUGAUGAUGAUGAUGAUGAGUAUAUGUGAGUAUAAUAGCGGUGUUGUCGCAUGAGGGCCAAUCUCGGCGAUUACAGGUGCGCUAAUUUUUGUUCUUUAUUUGAUAUUUUCGUAUUUAUUCUG